AUGGAGACAAAGGGAAGAGUGUUGAAAUUAUGGAGUUUCAAACAAGCUCAUCUACUUAUGAAUAACAACCAACUAGCCGUUGUUGACACGACGAAUUGUACUUCUCAUAAGUCGAUGAAAGAUGAGGAUGAUAAUGAUUCAUGCAUUAUUGAUAACACGAAGCUACUUGGACUCCCUAAUUCAUCCCAAAGCAGUUCUAACAAUGAUAUGAGCAAGCAUUAUCAGAUUUCUUCUCAUCCAAAUGCUUCAGCAAUGAUUCUCAACGAAAAUAUGCCAUCCCCGGAACGACCGGGUACUAGGCCAUCACCGGCCACUGCCUUUUUAUUGAAACAAAUUUCUGAAGCUAAUAUGCCUGAGACGGGUCAAUUUUAUGAGAGGAUAUCACAUGAUAGUGGAAGUGAGAAGAACCGUUUCUUAAAUCUACCAGCACCAUAUCAUCUGUUACCCGAUACACCGUAUUUUCGUCGUGCGCCAAUUGUGCCUCCACCAACAAGGAGUUUAUCCACAACAGAGCAGAUACCCAUCCAACAACGUAUUAUUAAUCGUUAUCUGGCAAGCAUGAAGAUGGAUGAUGAAAAUGGUUUUGCGGCGAUAGCACAAUAUGAACGAGAAUGCUAUGAACAUUUAUAUAUAUCAUCAUAUCCUUCGGUAACAAUACCGGAACAGCAACGAUAUAGAUAUUUUGGAGGGGAAAGAUUUCGAGAAGGUGCAGGAAAAAUAGGAGCUGAAUUUGAUGCUAGAUCACGAUUAAAUAUAAAUGCAGGGAAGCAUAUUAUAUCUACCGAUUUCUUUGGUUCUUCAAUGAUUGAUGAUGAAACAAAGAUAUGUAGCACUCUAGGAGAUAGCACUAAUGGUGAUUUGUCAACACGAUUGCCAAAUCAGAAUUACGAAAUAUGA